AUGGGAACCAUGCCGACGAGUUCACGCACCGACCUCCGCUUCUUUGCCACCACUCUUAUAUCAGUAGCACCAGCAGCACGGCCUAUAUCACGAUCAAGUCGAGUCCUUUUGACUGGAUCCCUCGUUCAAGCACAUCGGUAUCCUGGAAAGAACUAUCCACAAAUACGUUUCAGGUUACUCUCUACCUUAGGAGAUACACCCAUAUCUCCGCUCAGGAAGAACAUGGUCGAUGUACAGAUGCUCCACCCAGAACUCCAUCAAAAAGUUUUCCCGCCGUCUUCGGUCUGCACUCAAAAGACAUCCGCUGGAGCAGUACUAGCAUCGUCUAUGGAACCAACGCCAGAUAUGGUCCGAUGCUCUAUUAGUCAUCUUGAGAAACAAGACUUGUGGGGGAAAGAAGCCAUCCUUGUACCGGACACAACAUUUCAAGUUCCAUCGCUGCGGGGCCAGAACAUCGAGGACCAUUUUUACAAUAUCGGAGUUCACGACUCGGCUACGUACAAAGACAUGGCCGUUACAUUUGCGCAGUCGCCAGUUCACGCACCACCAAAACAAUGGGUCAUGCAAGCAGGAUGGACACGGUACGGCAGGGAUGGAUCGAUCUCCCAGAUCGAGUACCCCAAGGAGCAAAUGCUAACAUUCGACGUGGAAACGGUUCCGGCGCUGAGCAAGUACCCCAUUAUGGCUUGCGCUAUGUCCUCAGACGCCUGGUACGGCUGGGUCUCACCUUGGCUCAUCAACCCAGUGACCAAGGACGGAGAACAUAACGAUCACCACCUCAUAUCGCUUGGUCCUAGUAGGAACAGGAAAGGCGAAGAAAAAGUCAUAGUCGGCCACAAUGUCGGUUACGAUCGCGCACGCGUCCUAGAGGAAUACUGUUUGGAGCAGAAUGGGAUUCGUUAUUUGGAUACCAUGAGUCUUCACAUUGCAGUUUCGGGACUUUGCACGCAACAGCGGCCCAGCUGGCUCAAAUAUUCCAAGGCUGUUGAGAAUGAGAACUCUGAAUAUUUGCACGCGUGUAAGGACACAACUGGAAAGUACUUUGAUGUCAGCUCCAUCAACAGUCUACUCCAAGUCUCCAAAUUCCAUUGCGGAAUUCAAAUGGACAAGGCGCCGAGGAAUAUCUUGAUGGAGGCGCGGGAUAUUGGGUUAGUUCAGGAGCACUUUCAGGAACUCAUGACGUACUGUGGGCAGGAUGUUGCCGCCACCCAUGCCGUCUACCAGAAGAUUCUUCCGAAAUUUUUUGAGACAUGCCCACACCCUGUCUCGUUCGCCGGCAUAUUGCAAAUGGGAUCGUCGUUUUUGACAGUGAAUGAGGGCUGGACCGCGUAUAUCGACCGCUGCAGCAAAACGUAUAAUGAGAUGGCACAAACUGUUGAGUCAAAACUGCUGGCGUUGGCGGACAAGGCAAUGGAGAACUUUGAGAAGGACCCGCAGUUUUACGAAUCGGAUCCAUGGCUAAGUCAACUUGAUUGGACGCUACCCGAGCGCAGAUGGAAGGAAGGAAAGCCACGGGCCAACGGCAAAGGCUGGCUGAAAGGACAGGAACCCAGGUGGGUCUGCCAAACCAAGCUGCUACCGGACAAGCCUGCAUGGUACCGUGCACUCUGGGAUCCCAAGGACCAAAGAAUCAAGGUAACGAUUCGGCAAAGGGCGGCGCCACUGCUGAUGAGGUUACAAUGGCGCGGGUAUCCGCUUGUGCACUCCAAGUUGUUUGGAUGGACCUUUAAAGUUCCCAAGGAGGACCAGGAUUUUGUCACCAAGGCCACAGAACUAACAUUUCCAUUGGAGAACGAGGCGGGAUAUCAACCAAGCAUCGAUUCUAAUCGGUUCCGUUACUAUCAAGUUCCGCACAAGGCUGGUGAUGGUAUGAACGUUGGGAACCCAUUAGCCAAGGGUUAUGUCGGAUAUUUUGAGGACAACAUCCUGAGCUCUUAUGUACCGGAGGGAGGGUCAGUCAAGGACGGAAGUAGCACGCUUGCCAAACAGGCAUUAGACAUGAACGCGCAGUGUGCAUAUUGGGUCAGUGCAAGAGAGCGCAUCAUGGACCAAUUCGUUGUCUGGGACAAGGACGCCAAUAAAUUGAGUGAUCGGAUGGGCUUGCCUGACCGCGGAGAAGGGCGAUUGAACGGCAUGAUCCUCCCCCAGAUUAUCACCAUGGGAACGGUAACAAGGCGGGCGGUCGAAAAGACGUGGAUGACAGCCAGCAAUGCAAAGAAGAACCGUAUCGGGUCUGAGCUCAAGUCAAUGGUCCAGGCGCCUGCUGGUUACAAGAUUGUUGGGGCCGACGUGGAUUCUGAAGAGCUCUGGAUCUCGAGCUUGAUGGGCGAUGCACAGUUUCGAAUGCACGGCGCGACUGCCUUAGGCUGGAUGACAUUGCAGGGCACGAAGGCGGCAGGAACGGAUUUGCACUCGAAGACUGCGCAGAUCUUGGGUAUCUCUCGCGACCAGGCCAAGGUGUUCAAUUAUGGGCGAAUCUAUGGAGCAGGCGUCAAAUUCGCAGCACGACUUCUACAGCAAUUUAACUCGACAAUCGAGGCAGCGGAGGCGAAGCAAAGGGCGGGGAAUUUGUAUACUGCCACGAAGGGCACCAAGCAACAAAAGCCGGUCGAUUACGAACUGGUCACGGAUCGACCAUUUUGGCAUGGAGGCACGGAGAGCUAUAUGUUCAACAGCUUGGAGAGGACAGCGACCGCAGAUGAUCCGAGAACUCCGGCAUUGGGUUGCGGUAUUACCGAUGCAUUGAAGCCAAAGCACACGGAGAACCAGUUCAUGACCUCGCGUGUCAAUUGGGUGGUGCAGUCUUCAGGCGUGGACUACCUUCAUAUGUUGCUGGUAUCGAUGAACUACCUGAUCAAAAAGUACGACAUCAAGGCACGGUUCAUGCUCUGUGUCCACGACGAAGUGCGCUACAUUGUCAAGGAGGAGGACACUGCUCGGGCCACGCUUGCAUUGCAGAUCAGCAACCUUUGGACGCGAGCCCUGUUUUCGUACAAGUUGGGCAUUCAUGAUCUUCCUCAGUCCGUCGCGUUCUUCUCGGCUGUCGAUAUUGAUCAUGUCUUCCGCAAGGAGGUCAAUAUGGACUGCUUGACACCAACGCAGAAGGUUCCUAUCCCUCACGGCGAAAGCUUGACCAUCGAAGGCGUCUUGGAUUUAACACAAGGAGGCAGUUUAGGGGAAAUUGUGGAAGGAUUUGUGGAUGCAUCAGAUGUUCCAUUCCCACUGGAGCUGCGAAGCAAGGAAGAACUUCGCAAGUUGCAGGCAAACCAGGAGCGUAAAUCCGAAACCGACCAGUCGUUGACUCAGUCGCUGUCUCAGGAUGAAGAUCAGGCACAGGAAUUUUUCCUGGAGGCACAGGGCAUGAGUACCAUGUCGGAGAUCAAGAAGACCCUAAAGCAGAGAAAGACUGAGGCCGAGAAGGCUUUGUUGGAGAAGUUGAAGGCUAAGAGAGCAGCAUCUGGAGCAAAUGGUGAUAAUGAGGGAGAGGGCAGCAAGGGUCUUCGGAGUACCAGCACUCGCAGGAAGAAGGAUGGUGAGGAAGGGGCACCCAAGCCACGUACCGUGAUGCAACUAAUGAGACCUAGACUUCCCGGUAUGAGAAAUACGUCCGAGGGUAAAUGGGGGAUGACAAUGAUGGAGGAACCAGCUGCUUUUCAGGAUACGACUGCAUCUGAUGAACACAAUACGACAGUCGAUAUCAUUCCGGACACACCAAUGCCCUAUAAGACCGUCGAGAUAACGAAGCCUUUAGUCACUGUGGAGGCCACAGAAGGAACCGUUGUUUUUACCCCAGACAAGGAUGUGAUCGAGACUGGAGCUCAAGAACCGUUGAUGAAAGAUCCGGCAUCCGAUUUACCUAAAGCGGAAGAACAGGAGGAUCUUUUCAGGUCGUCCGUACAUUCGUUCACACAGUCUGUGGAGAAUGAAGUCAACGACCCAGCUUCUGACAAUAACUGGGCAUUGCCAGCGGAGAAGUGGCUCCAGUACAUUGCAAAGGACUACAAGGCUCCUGGGGGACCGGCAGUAUCGAUGGAGUCGCACCAUAUGGCGUAUGUCCUUCCCUCAGCCGAGCAGAUCUAUACGAAUCCAACAGAGUUGGCCGAGAAGAUGCCUCCGCGUUCCAGCACAGGUAACCCUAAGCGCAUUACUUCGACAAACAGCAGGCUCAGGCAGUCAGAAAUUCAGCGGAUGACGGCACAACGGAAUGCGCAUGCGAGCAAGGUUGAUAUGUUGGCUGCUGCAAGCGGGAUGUGGCACAAGCAUGCAAGUAGCUCUAUGAGAAGCGGAUACUCGAUCACAAAGAUUAUCCGUGCAAGUGACCUGAAGGCAGGGACUUCAUCUACAGGAACAUCAUCAUCAUCUUCAUCUUCGUCUUCGUAUAGACAUGCGGAAGGAGCACGUACUCGCACCAUUUAG